AUGUCGAUUCUUGAGUCCUGCAUUGCCCUGGCGAUGCUCGGUGCUCCUUGGGCCAUUGUCGUCUUGCUUGCUGUUCUUGGCUGCCUGGGCUUCGUUUCCGCCCUCGCUGCCGACGGUGGUGUCAACUUUGUCGGAAUCCCCGCCCUCGCCGACAUGGCCGUCAAUGCACUGUCUUUCCCCCACAUCUUCGACAACAUCAUUGCAUGGGUUCACGCCGCUGGUGACUUUGGCACCCUGCAGAUGCUGCGCCAGACGGGUUCCGUCGGGAAGACAGCUGUCGACAAGCUCGUCAAGCACAGCAAGGCGAUUGCUGUCGACGAAUGCACCCUUGAACUCAGAACCCUUGGCGGAGCCGAGACGUUCAUUCUGAGAAAGGACGCCUACAACCCCAAGCACAUCCCCCGCGAAGCCCGCGCCAUCGCCAUCUCCGACGCUAUCGACCUCGGAGGCGAGUUCACGCCCUGGCACCUCAAAGUUCUUGGUGACCUGCGCAUCCGCGCCCCGACUGUACGCUUUCUCUCCUCGUUCCGGAUGAACCACAGCCACCAUCUCCUCAAGGCACUCCUAGAGACUUCGCAGAUGGGCUCUGACACCUGCGUCGUCUUCAGCAGUGCGUACCGCAGCUUUGAGAACCCCAAGGACGACCCCAAGGACCACAGCCGCAGCUGGCACCAAGGUCCCAUGCCUGCUGCACGCCACGUCGUCAUCAACCUCCCUUUUGGUGGGGCGCUCUUCAACGAGAAGGCCACUAUUCAUGCCUGCGCUCCGACUAUUCUUCACCCUUCGACCGAACUCGUGACGAUCAACAUUCGCGUCCUGAGGCUCAAGAACAGGGCGCGUCCGCGCGAGCAUGCCCCUGGCGCCGUUUACAAGGUGCGCGACGACACUGUCCGCCUUGUCGAGCUCGAGACGUCCCUCACUCGCCAGAUUAGGAUCCUCGGACUCGAGAAGCUCGAUGAGGUCUUGGUCAAGGUAGACCGCUGGAAGCAGAAGGAAUCGGGCCACCAGGCUGGAGGUCCCCAUGUGACCGACUUUCUGCCGACUACCCACUCGCGCCUGACGACGGCGGCCAUGCGCCACACCACUCUCUUCGGUGAGGGCCGUGAGAACGCCAACCUCACGGCUGAGGAGCGUCUUUCGCGCCUUUAUCUCCAGCAGCUCCCUUUCUACGAGGCCGUGGAGGCUUGGCAGCUCGGCACGGCGAAGGAGUGGAAGAAGGAGAUCGGCGAGAAGGCCUUCAAGUUCCUUACGCUCGAGUAA